GGUGAGGAUUACAAAUAUGAAUUUAAAUAAAAAUGAAUAUUAAAUCUAUUGUAUACCAUAAUAUAUUAUUGGGUCUAGUAGAAUAAUUCUGUACAUUUCUACACCUGUUUAUUUAUUUUGUUUUUAGACACUUGAUUUGCGUUUUACUCCAGUAAGUGAUCAUGAACUUGUUUGCUUUCAAAGAUUAACAACUUUGAAAAAUGUCCUUUUGGAAAGUCCUGAUUAUAUGAACCAUGAUAGUGACGCAACAAUUACUGAUUUGGGUUUGGCAGGAUUCUGUACUGCUACCUUUGAAUUCCAAUAUCCAUACAUUCAAAUUUUAAUCGAUAGACGUGGUGGAGUAAACCUAAGAAGAGUUCACGAAAGGAAUGAUAAUGUUGAUAGAUGCAGUAUUGAAACUUUAUAUGUCCGGAAUUAUCCAAAAGUAACUGAUGCAUUUUUGAAGACUGCCGUCAGAACUUGUCCAUUCCUGAAAUCAUUAGACGUCACUGGCUCACGUUGUACUCCAGCAGAAAUUGAAUAUUAUAGAGCAAACAGGCCUAGUACAAAAGUAAUAUGCUAAAAAGACUGAGAAAUAUGUUGACAUAUAGGGGUAAGAUAUUGUUUUGUGAGAACAUGUAGAGAGGUGAAAAUACAGUGAGAAAUGUUCAAUCCUUAUAUAUCUUGUGUUAUAUAUAACUCUUAUAACUAAUUCUACAGUGUAUUGAUAUUAAUAAACAAGUUUAAAUUAAAUUUUUUGAUGUUUUUAAAUUAAUUGAUUCUUUCUAUUUGUCAUCAUAUUACUUAUGACUUGCAAAAAGAUAUUUAAUUUAAAUAUAAAGUUUAGAAAAAUAAAUGUCUAUGUUUAAAAUA